CGGCUAGGAGGGAAUAGCGGCCGUCUGCGGGGGGACAUUUCAUGUAAGAAACGCGUCCUGUAGUGCAGUUUGUGCCUCGUAAAAGUUUCUCACGGGUAAAAUUGAAAAAUAAACAUCAUUGUUGAGACGUCAAAGGAACCUAACAUCAUUAUAAUUCAGUGAAAUUUGUCUAUUUGUCGUGACCCUGCCGACGUCCUGGAGAUAACCAGCCUGUAUCAGCGUAUCGCCAUUACUGCUUCUCUCAGUUCUCUGCUGAGAGUUUACCUUUCGACGUGUUGUUUAUCGGUCUGGAUAAGUAUGACAGACUGGUACUCCAGCGUUACCGGUUGUCGUGUUUCUGUCCAGAAGGUCGAUGAAAUAUCCCUGACAUGGCAACAAAGAGGCUGGACCACUUCGAGGUGGAGUGUGAGUGGGCUGCAUGCGGGUUCAGGGGUCGCUCCAUGGAGGAGCUCAGCGAUCACAUGGCCGAGCACCUCCGCGAGUACUUGGGAGACAAAGAUGCUCUGGAGGAACUGGAGGAGUUUGCCUGUCUCUGGACCGGAUGUGAGUUUGUGUCCAUGGGCAGCGCCGCCGAGUUGGAGGUCCACGCCUACUUCCACAACCAUCUGGGCAAGCUCAGGUUCAUCGGCUCCCAGUUGCUGAAGUCCAAACCAAGUCUCCCCAGCUGCAACCAUGAGGUCCACAGCAACAACCUGAUCCCCGAAGGAUCGGAGGGCUACGUGUGCCAGUGGGAGCACUGCGACUGCACGUUUAACAACCCCGAGUGGUUCUACCGGCACGUGGACAAUCACAUAGAAAGUGCCGAGCAGCAGUCGCUCUCGCAGCAGCAGCAGGCCCUGGUCUGCCGCUGGGGAGGCUGUGACGCCUACUUCAAGAUCCGCUAUCGCCUACGAGAACACAUGAGAAGUCACACUCAGGAACGGCUGGUCGCCUGCCCCACGUGUGGCAGCAUGUUCUCCAGCAACACCAAGCUCUUUGACCACCUGCAGAGACAGGCGGAGCCAGUGGAGUCUCUGGUGUGUGAACACUGUGGCAAGUGUUUCCCCAGCGAGAGGCUGUUGAGGGACCAUGUUCGCCAGCACGUGAAUCAGGUCAAGUGUCCGCUCUGUGACAUGAGCUGCACGACUUUAGCCGCGCUGAAGAUCCACAUCCGGUUUCGCCACUGUGACGAGAGGCCGUUCGCCUGCGACUUCUGUGACAAAAGGUUUAAGAACCAGCGCGACUGCCACAAACACGCCGAGGUUCACAACGAGGGAGCGGUGUAUCACUGCACGGUGGAGGGCUGCGAGUAUUUCUGCCAGACCUUCCAGACACUCAACUACCAUUUUAAAAGGGUGCACAAGGUGGGAGGCAUGUCCAAGUACAAGUGCCACAUCUGUGACCAAGUCUUCUCCUGGUGCUACACGCUCACUCUUCACCUGCGGAAGAAGCACGAGCUGAAGUGGCCGUCGGGUCACUCGCGCUUCCGCUACAGGAAGGACGUGGACGGCUUCCUGAAGGUGAACAUGGUCCGGUUUGAGACGGUGGAAGUGACCAAAGAGAUCAUGAUGAACAUGGCCAACAAACCUCAGAACCCUAAGAAGAGUCGGAAGCCCAGCAGCCAGAACAAGCGACCUGAAGUUCAGCCCAAGAGCGGCCACACUUCCCCCGCAGGAUCCUCCUCACCUUCGUCCUGGUCCUCCUCCUCCUCCUCUUCCUCCUCCUCAUCCUCCUCCUCCUCCUCCUGCUCCUCGGAACUCUCUGGCGGGGAGGACGUGUCCUCUCAGCCCAGUCCAGGAGACGGUGACUCACCCGUCUACUGCGUGAUGAGCACGGUGCCCAGCAUCGCAGACGAAGCAGGAGGACUCUGCCAGGAGGACCAGGACUCCAUCGGAACGUCAGGAGCGGUCCAAGCUCUGACCAAGGUGGCACGGGGUCUUUGUAUGGACGUGGUCUAGUUUUCAUUCUCGCCGCUGGAGUUUGUCUUGGCACCGCUUUUCUACAGGAAAUGACCUCCAUCAGUGCAGCUUCUGUGAAUGUGAAAGUCCAAACCCUUCAGCCCUGGUUUUUAUGAAGUUCUGGAUUUUAUCAUUGCUCUUAAGAUUUAUCAGAAGAAAUGACCUAUUUUUAUUGCUUUUUUAAUACUGUUUUGAUUGUUGCUUGCAUUAGAGCGAUUAAAGAGAGAAAAGAACAAGGCUGCGGGGGAGAAGAUCUUAACUUAACAUUGUGGUUUUUGAUUAACAUACGUUACAGGUUACAGCACCUGACCUCAACUUAAAAAUGCAGAUUAUUGUGUUUUUGCUCAGUUAAAAAAAAGUUUUUUUUUCUACUUCUUCUACUUCCAUCACGCGUUAUAUGGAAUAUACCGCUUGUAUUAUUUUUUCAGGAUAUGAACUGUUGAAAGUCUCCAUUGUCGUCCACAACAAGAUGUUUUAAAGUGUCACUAUUUAUUUAUUUUUAAUAUCUGAAAUUAAACACAGAGAGUAAAGUUUUCUUUUCCAAUAAAUAAUUUUAAAUGAAAGUAUUGAAAUAAUGGAACAAUAGACAUAGUAGCGAAAAAUAGCUAUUUUAUCUUAUACACAGUUUUAAGCUAUAUAUAUGUAUGUAAGAUACUUUAUAUCUUACAUUUAAGAUAUAAAAUAUGUAUGCAAAAAAUCUUUAGAAAAGAAAAAUAUGAAUUUAGACAGGAGAUAGGAAAAUAUGAUUAUUGUUGAAGGUGAUUAAAAGAUAAUUAAAAAUACAUAAAUAAAUCAGGAACCAAAUAUAUAGGUGCAAUAUUUUAAAGGAUGUAAGAGACAAGAAAUGAUAAAAACAUUUCUUCUGGGAGGAAGUUGGCGGUAGAUUUGUAGAAGUACAAAUUUAAACUGGACAUAUCUCUAUAUGAACCUUUAUUGGGUAUAAUAAACCAGAAUCCAUGGCGUUCUUUUUAAUAUCUUCAUCAUCUGAGAGGCUGCUUCGCUGUGUCCGUCCGUGUCAAGACUCCUGGUGACAUGAAGCCAGGAGUCCAGGAUUGAGGAAUGUGUGAUGGUGGUAAGAGGGAGGGAGACUGUGUCUUGGUGAGAGCAGUUGAGCGGCGCUGCAGGAGUCUGGCACCAGUCGCCCAAAUCCUCGCAGAUGACCAGAGCUUUCAAGCCACGGCACCUGAGCGAACGGGUCACAG